CAUGAUCGACCAAAACUAAAGAAAAUACAGUAUUUUUCUUCUUUUCUUCAUUUGAGAAAAAUGGCAGUUGUUACAGUGUUGAGGGGCGUCUCUCAUGGCCGCUUACCACUACUCCCUCACUCUCAGUUGCCGAUUGUUAGACCAAGAAACAUUGCUUAUCGGAAUCGUCCCAAUGUUUUGCGAGUUUUUGCUCGUUAUUCUCAGGCACAGGAUCUAUUUACUUCUCGUCUUCAAGAUCGUCUAGAGAACUUGCCCAAACUUGUGGAGGAUAUUGUCCAAACAUCUCUAAGCACAGGUCCUCGUGGAGCCUUAAGGUUAGCUCAGGGUGUCCAAGCUGUAGUUGGAGUAGGCAGUGAGUGGCUGCAAGAUGUAUCUAAGACAGCAAACUCGUCCACGGGACUACCAACUCAGCUGCAGCUUGGGCUAUUAUCUCCCCUAUAUUUGAGGAAAUUGUUUGAACGCAUGGGUGCAACUUAUAUCAAAUUAGGUCAGUUUAUUGCAUCCGCACCCACGUUGUUUCCACCGGACUAUGUUCAAGAAUUCCAGUACUGUUUUGACAGGGCUCCUGCAGUUCCUUUUGAACAGAUCCAAACAAUCUUGCGUGAGGAACUAGGCAGACCAAUUGAUACCGUGUUUGAAUAUAUUGAUCCCACACCAGUUGCUUCUGCAUCAAUUGCUCAGGUGCAUGGUGCAAGAAUAAGAGGCACAGGAGAGGAUGUAGUGAUAAAGGUUUUGAAACCUGGAAUAGAAGAUAUUUUAGUAGCAGAUCUGAACUUUAUAUACAUUGCAGCUCGUAUCCUGGAGUUUUUGAGUCCCGAUCUAAGCCGUGCAUCUCUGGUUGCUAUUGUCAAAGACAUACGAGAAUCAAUGCUAGAAGAAGUUGACUUCAACAAGGAGGCUACAAAUGUUGAGUCAUUUAGGAGUUAUUUAGAAGCCAUGGGACUAACUAGGCAGGCCACUGCUCCAAAAGUCUACCGUCAAUAUAGUACUAAGCGUAUUCUGACUAUGGAGAGGCUAUAUGGAGUACCAUUGACAGACUUAGACUCUAUUAAGUCACUGGUUUCCAGUCCUGAAACCAGUCUUAUUACUGCCCUUAAUGUUUGGUUUGGAAGUCUGCUUGCCUGUGAAUCUUUCCAUGCCGAUGUACAUGCUGGCAAUUUGUGGCAACUACGUGAUGGGCGUAUUGGGUUCCUUGACUUCGGAAUUGUUGGUCGCAUAUCUCCAAAGACAUGGGCUGCUAUGGAAGUAUUUCUGCAAUCUAUAGCAAUUGAAGAUUAUGAGUCGAUGGCAUCUGCUCUAAUUGACAUGGGUGCUACUGGAAAGGAUGUGGACUCGAAGGCUUUUGCGAGAGAGUUGGAGAAAAUAUUUUUGUCAAUUCAGGAUUUAGAUACAGAAAUCAUUGUUGCGGCUGCCAGGGACACAAGUACAAAUGCUACUACUGUUGCUGCCAAUGUAGCGUUUGAUGAAAGACAGAUGAAUGCACUAUUUCUGGACGUGGUUAGAGUUGGUGAAUCUUAUGGAUUGAAAUUUCCUCGUGAGUUUGCACUUCUGAUGAAGCAACUUCUCUAUUUUGACCGUUACACCAGAUUGUUAGCUCCAAACAUGAACAUGUAUCGAGAUCAGAGGAUCAACGUUGUCUCUAAUCAAAGACAAAGGAACAUAUACCAAUGAUGAUUGUAAGUCACACCAAGAGAUUGUUGCCCUUCCUGGGAUUUUCUAAUAUACUGUUAUCAAAAGAAAAGAUUUUCUAAUAUACUGUAUAUAAUAGCAAACUUUGAAAAGAAAUUGUAUCAUAUUUUCUGAUGUAUGCUGUUGGUUGAUGUGUA